UCCCCAGCCCGCUGGGUUCAUAUUUAUUAAAUAUUUUCUCAGAUCAAAAUUUGUUAAAUGUGGAAGAACAAACGCUUAAAAAUAUGGUAUGCAAGUUUUUACCUCAGCAUUCUUUAAAUUUUUAGUUAGCUAAACUUUUCAAAUAAGACAUGUCCAUUUUGACUGUUCAACAAGAUCGCUGUCUGUGUAGCAGAGCCGAAAGCCUUAGAUGUACCCAGAACUGUCAAAAGAAGGGGCAGCCUCUACAGACUUGUAGCUAUGAGCUGUCAGAUUUGGUCUGCGGUUGAGUAACGUCCUUAUAAGCCUCCAAAUGAUAAAAGUAUCAAAUCUCACGAUUUGAACAGGGAGUGAAAUAAUCACCUAACAGUGUAGUUUGCUUACCUAUCCAGGGAGCUUCUCAAACUCUCGGAGCUCACCACCUCUCAGAUGCUAGCUCACAUCAUUAGGCAACCAAUCGGGGCAUCCGCCGCAGUGCAUCCUGGGAGUUGUAGUUUCCGGCUCCUCCAGAAGACUCCUAUCUCCAUAGCACACAGGAGGACGGUUGCCUGGUGUUCUUACCAAGCGGCAAGUAUGGCGGUGGCGGGCGCCGACUCGGCUUUGCCUCCCGGAGAAGGUAAGGCAGUCCCCACCCCUGAGUGUCAAGGUUUUUUCCACGGGACCAAGUUAAACAGUUGCCUGGCGGACAAAAGAAGCCUGGACUCGGAGGGGCAGUUCUGGACCAGUUCUUUUGAUGCGGAGCUGUGGGCGUCGCGGAGGCGCGCUUCCUUCUGGGAGUUGUAGUCUCCCCGCGCUGUCCAGCUCCGCAGGGGCGCCGAGACCGUCCGGCCGGGGACUUCAGCCCCCAGGAGCCUUUGCGACGCCCGGCGCCCCCCAGUCCCGCGCUCCGUAGCGGGUCCGGGCGGUGGGCUUUCGCGACCUUCUUGGACACUUACUUAGAGGGGUGACCGGGGGACAUCGGCCGCCCAGCUCCUGCGCUGCGGGCGUGCCCCUUCCACCUCAGUCCUCGAGCGUUCAGGAAGCCUUUCCUCAGACUCCUCGACCCCACUCUUGCUGGCAGCGGCUCAGCGGCCGGGAUAAAACGCAAGCCGGGGGAAGCCCGCCGCGGGAUCAGUGGUCAAUUGGUCGGGGCAAGGACUACAGAAAUUAGGUCCAAACUUACCAUGCGAAGCUGAUAUUCACACCCUGAUUUUGGAUAAAAAUCAGAUUAUUAAAUUGGAAAAUCUGGAAAAAUGCAAACAAUUAAUACAGUUGUCCGUGGCCAAUAAUCGGCUGGUGCGGAUGAUGGGUGUGGCCAAACUUACCCAGCUCCGUGUAUUAAAUUUGCCUCAUAAUAGCAUUGGCUAUGUGGAAGGGUUAAAGGAACUAGUACAUUUGGAAUGGCUGAACUUGGCAGGAAAUAAUCUCAAGGCAAUGGACCAAAUCAACAGCUGCACGGCUUUGCAGCACCUGGAUUUAUCAGAUAAUAGCAUACACCAGAUGGGUGACCUAUCGAAAUUGAUAGCCUUGAAGACCCUGCUUUUACAUGGAAACAUCAUUACUUCUCUUAGAAUGGCACCUGCUCAUCUACCCAGAAGUCUUGCUAUACUUUCUUUGGCAGAAAAUGAAAUUCGAGAUUUAAAUGAGGUCUCUUUUUUGGCAUCCCUAACCGAGCUGGAGCAGUUAUCCAUCAUGAAUAACCCUUGUGUGAUGGCAACACCCUCCAUCCCGGGGUUCGACUACCGGCCGUACAUCGUCAGCUGGUGCUUACGCCUCAGAGUCCUCGAUGGAUACGUUAUUUCUCAGAAAGAAAGUGGACAGGAAGUGGCUGCAGAGGCCGGGCUGGUGAGUCCGAUGCAGUCCCCAGCUGACAGCAGUUUGAAGGCUGAGUGGCUCUAUAGCCAAGGCAAGGGGCGAGCAUAUCGACCUGGCCAGCACAUCCAGCUUGUCCAGUAUCUGGCUACAGUGUGUCCUCUCACUGCUAUCCUGGGGCUUCAAACUGCAGAGGAUGCCAAACUAGAGAAGAUUCUGAGCAAACAGAGGUUUCACCAGAGGCAGUUGAUGAACCAAAGCCAAAACGAAGAGUUAUCUUCUCUUGUUCCUGUGGAACCACGGGCUCCCCUUGGACCGGAGUACUCGGGCUCUGUUCAGGACCACCUCAUAGUCCAGGAGAGUGAACCUGUCGUCCAGGUCAAUUCUUGGGUUGGGACAAGCAAUAACGACGACCAGUUAUAUGCUGCUAAGAAUAACUUUCCAGCCUCCGUGCACACUGCAAGAUACUCUCGGAAUGACCUGAACCUGGAAGACAUACAGACAGAUGAGGACAAGUUAAACUGCAGCCUCCUGUCUUCAGAAUCUACCUUUAUGCCAGUCGCGUCAGGACUGUCUCCAGUGUCACCUACAGUGGAACUGAGGCUGCAGGGCAUUCACUUGGGCCUAGAUGACGGUGCUGCAGAUGAAUCUCUGAGAAGGCUGGAGAACCAGGACGUGGGUGAGGAACACGAAAAGGCUGUAUGGGGAACAAAUGAGAAUUCUGUUCAGCUGUUGAAAAAUAAGAUCAGUACAGAGGUGGAUGGGAAGGGUGAGCUGUCAUCUCGCCCCGAGCCAGUGGUAAUUAGUGCUGUGUCACAGGAUGACAGCCGCAGUCUGACAGGUUUUCCUGAGUCAGCCGGACACAGUGUCUGUCCCGCAGAGCCAGACAGUGAAGAAACGGCGUCCGAAACAACUUCAGAGAGACUUCCCUGCAGGAUUGUAACUGAGCGAGCCGUUGCUUUGGGACAAGAUGAGGUUUCUCUUCAGAAGUGCAACGAAGCAGUCACCAAGCUUCAGGCCUGCUGGCGGGGCUUUUAUGCGAGGAACUACAACCCUCAAGCCAAAGAAGUGCGCUAUGAGAUCCGGCUGCGCAGGAUGCAGGAGCACAUUGUUCGCUUAACUGAUGAAGUAAGGAGAUUAAGAAAAGAAAGAGAUGAAGAACACGCCAAAAAAGCUGUACAAGAAGAGGCUGUCAAAUUUCUUUGGAACCAGGUGAGAGCUCUGCAAGCGUGGCAGCAGACAGUGGACCAGCGCCUGGGUUCCCGGCACACGGAUGCUCCUCCUGUAUCCAGUACUCUGGUGCCAGCCGGGCCUCCUCCGUUCCCCCAAAGUCGGGAGCCCUGUUCUGAUGAAAUCUCCAAUUGGUUCAUGGCUUACGAUGAAGCUCUUCAAGAGGAAUCCCUGCCAGCGUUUCCAGACUCCGGCUUCCAUUCCUCCCUAACAGAACAAGCUCACUGUUGGAAGGAUUCCUCGGAUUUUGAAAGAAGUUCCACACAAGGCAGUGAAAGCUGCACGGUGGGACAUUCCGUCGACACGGUUACGGACGGCGGAGAGCCCGAGUCGGGGGGCGAGGGGAGCUCAGCCAGCGAGCAGGAUCACAGUCUGCUUGAACGGUACUUACCCUCGGUUCAGCAGCGGGACGCCGCUGCCGAGAGGACCGGCGCUGAGGAGGUGCCGGCCGACAGCGGACCUCACUUGGCGCGUUCCCCGGCGAGGCUGGACACGCUGUGCCACAGGGCUGCUCCAGACGAGACUCGGGAGGAGAGGUCCCCUGCCGCGCAAGGGGAGGUCAGGCAGACAGCCGAGAGCUGCGAACUAGACGCGGAGGCGCCGGGGCAGCCCCCGGAACGCGACGCGGCCUCUCCGGUGUUGCGCGCUGGCGGCGCUGUGUAGCCCGUCUGCUUUCCUGGGAAGCGGCAAUCCGCCUCAAGUUUCUCAAGAAUGUUCUUUGUUGCCUUUUUUUUAAAAAGGGGGUGCAAAUUCCUCUUACUUUGUUACUGUUUAUAUAAAAUUUGUAUUCUUUUUUCAGAUUCUAGAUAAUCAAUUUUUUAGCUAUAAUGUGCUAUACUAUUUAUGUUGAAAGUUAUAUGUAUUUUAUUUCUUAACAGUUGUAUCAGUGACUCUCAAUUGUGUCAACAAUUGCAUCAAAAAUGAUUUAUUUCUUUUAAAAAAUAAAUGACAGCAGUGGUGGCGAACCUA